UCACUGCAACUAUUUCCAUGGUUACAUUUAACUCAAAAAGACUUGUUUACAGAAGUUGACAGAAAGGUUAAAAUAUAGUUUGGAUUUAAGUUAAGGGAUUUGCACUGCUUUGAAAAAAAAAAAAAAAGAAAAAGAAAAGAAAAUGUCUCACAGUUGCUAUAACAAAUUAUGGGUGGAGACUCAGGGGAAUAUCAAAGAUAUGCUCACUUAUGAAAUGCCACUCGAACCACCUAAACCAGAAAAAGACCGAAAGAUAGCUUUUCAACAACUGGCCACCAUGUAUGUGAAAUAUAUCAAGAUAUAUAAAAAUCUAGAACUAUGCUAUGACCAAAUUGUUCAGCCUCAGAAACGGCAAUUGUUAAGACAUGUUCUUGAUGCUACCAUUGGAAGAAUUUUGGAACUCAAAAAUGAAAUGGUGAACUUGGAAUUUGCUGAGUUCCACUAUUUUGAUGACAUUCUUGCUGAUUAUAAAUUAACACCAUAUGACAUUGAACUGCCAAUUCCCAAGUACUUUCUCUUGGAACGGAAGAAAAUAUUAAAGGUGCGAGAAGGUUUGUUGGAUUCAAUUUUGACAAAACUGGGCAUCAAAGUUUUGGACAAAAAAGACAUGAUUCAGUUGACCUUUGAAGAGGCUGUACAUAUCAUCCAGAUGAAUGAAAGAGCUCGACAAGGGAGACUAAGAGCAAAGUUCAUGAAAGAAAUAAGGCUACAAGAAGAACGAGAGAAAAGGGCUGAAAUUAGAGGAGUGCCAUCGAUGGGCCGACUUCGAGCUGCUAUAUUGAUACAAAAGUUGGAGUUCUUGGGAAUGACUCCUCCACAGUUGUCAGACACCCCAGGUAAAACUGCUGUAGCAUCUGCAUUGAGUACCAUGGAGAAACGUCGAGCUAUACAGGAAGUGCAUGAAGAGGAAUAUCGGCAGGCAUUGGUUACUGUUAAAGAAAGAAUUCAAGAAGUUGAAGGUUCUGACAUGAAAGAAAGAAUGCAGGAUCAGAUACGGCAAUGGUUUAUUGAAUGCAGAGAUGCCUGUGGAAAAUUCCCAGAUUACCCUCCUGCAGAAGAUGGUGGUUCUGCACUGAUAUUUCAAGAAAAAGACCCUGUAGAAUUGGAAAUGGAACUGAAGGCAAAGGAUGAAGAGGAAGGUGAAAAGAAAGGAAAAAAGAAAGAUGAGAAUAAAUCCAAAGAGAGAAAAGAGCCAAAGAAAGUUGGGAAAAAGAAAGAGGCAGAAUUUGAGGGCUGGAAAAUGACCCCUUCCAAUUUUAUUUCUUCUCUGCAAGAAGGGAACCAUAAAUAUAAAGAAAUCUGGUCUGAGCGGCAGGAAGAACACAACUUCAUGCAGAAACAUGAUGUUGAACUAAUCAAAGAGGAGAAGCGACUUGAAGUGGAGGUUGAGAUCAGGGUUCAAGUUGAUGAGCUGAUGCGGGAAGAAUUGAAGAAUUUAAAACUAGCAGUGGACCGAGAAAAAUCCAAAAAGAAAGGAAAGUCUGGUAAAAAGAAAAAAGGAAGUGGUAAAAAAGGGAAGAAAAAGAAAGAAAAAGAUAUGACCCCAGACAGAACAAUAGAGUCCUUGUAUGAGGAGUUGGUUACUCAACAAAUCAUUGUUCCCCACCCGAAAGUUCAGCUUGAAGAAUUUAUUGGUGACUUUUGUUAUCUGGGGACACUUCUCCGUCAUGCUAGUAUUGAACCUAUGCCUAGUCUUUGUGACAUAAGAAGAGUCAUAACUUUGUUUGGAAUCUUGCCUCUUGGUUCACAAGCUGUGCAUGAGAAAGCUCCACUUAUCAAAUCAAUUCUGCUGGCAGGACCGAGAGGGACUGGAAAGAAAAUGCUUCUCCAUGCAUUGUGCACUGAGACAGGAGCAAACUUGUUUGACUUGAGUGCAGCCAAUCUGGUUGGUAAAUAUCCUGGCAAAGAUGGCCUUAAGAUGCUGAUGCACUUGGUUGGAAAGGUUGGACGAGCCUUGCAACCUACUGUCAUUUAUAUUGGAGAUUGUGAGAAAAUGGCCAAGAGAAAAACACCCAAAUCAGAUACUACCAAUCCAAAACGUUUGGCAAAAGAGAUGCCAAAAUUUCUCAAGACUAUAAAACCUGAAGAUCGUUUGCUGCUGGUUGGAACAUCUCGAAGUCCAUAUGAAGGAGAAAUGAAACCAAUGAACAAUCUCUACCAGAAAAUUAUAUUAAUUCCCAGACCUGAUUACACAUCUCGUUACUUAAUCUGGAAGAAAAUGAUUCCAGCUCAUGGCAUCACUUUACCAACACAAUUUGAUCUGACAUCCCUUGCCAAAGUCACUGAUGGAUUCACACCAGGAGACUUUGUUUCAGCCCUCACUUCUGUUCUCACUGACCACAGAAAACAAUCACUGAACAAAAGACCCCUGCAGGCCAUUGAGCUUCUUACACCAUUAUCAACUAUUGACCCUGUUUAUAAAGAACAAGAGAUAGUAUUUAAGGAUUGGUAUGCCAAGACUCCACUUGGUAAGAAGAGACAGAAGGCAGCUAAACAAGAGAUGGAAAGUGUACUUGGCAAAUCAGAUAAGAAAGACAGUAAAAACAAAAAGAAGAAAAAGAAGAAGAAAUAAUUGAUUUAUGUUUUUAAUGAGAAUAAUAAAUAAAUGUAUUUGAAUAUAU